UCUGUGUGGCUUUUAACAGCUGUGAGAACCUCCAAUGUUGACGAACAUUUGUUUUGUUGACUUGCAGAUGGUGUAUAGCAUAUGAAUGUCGAUCAGAAUCUGAGGUGACAUGAGGCAUGAAGGAGCAGCGAUAAACUAUUUGGGGGGGGAAAAGAAUUGAACGGGGCCAUGGCAUGACGACGUGACCGUGCUGUUGCAGGGAGGAAGAAGCUUCCUUGCUCCUGUAUGAAGAGGAAGGAGACACCUCAGGGAGAGUUUUCCUGCAUCGGUGGACACAGCUGCAUGUGUGACGUUUCAUGUCGUUUUGUAGACCGAGUUAGACUCCCUCCUUUUACAACUAAUAGAUGGAGCUUUCUCAGUGGUUGGUGGAGCUGGUCGUGGAAGAAAAGGGGCAGUUUGACGAAUACGAGACCGAGGAAAUUGAGCUCGGCAUGGGCAGAGCUGGAGCCUGCAGGUACUGGGAUCAUGAUAUCAGCACCCAGCUUCCUCUUAUUCCUUUGCUGGAUGGCACUUUCGGCUCGGAGGCCACGCGGUGCUCCUGUCAUGGUGAUGCAGAGACGACCACAGCAGACGGGAUAUGGCGAAGGGAUGGAGCUUUAAGGGAGCCACCAACCGCUGGAGUUCUCAUACGUAGGUCCUAUGUGUGACCCAUGCACAGUUCCGGAGGUGUGAUUGCAGUCACGACGUGUUUGUUGAAAUGCAUAAGGGGUAUUUGCAGCAUCAAACAGCACUGGUAGCUCGCCGUCAUCCCAUGAAUGGCUUCGCUUUACAAACUGACGGUAAUCUCGAACUUUGUUCUUAUUAUUGUCAGGCUCCAUUCUUGCUGUAUGAGGGUCUGACCACAAGCCAUUCGUCAUAAACAGCAGAUAAGUUUAACUGAGUUCUCAAAUAGUAGAAAAUGAGCCAACAUUUCAUGAACAUUCAGUAGGUGGUUGAUGCUGUAAGAUGGAAUGUGAUUCUUGAUGUGAAGCAACUGCAGUUGGCAAAAUUAAGAGAUACAUCCUUCCUGAAGAGAAUAACGAUAUACACAAAAUACCAGAGUGAAUAGAUAGAUAUUUUUGUUGAAAAUUUGUUGAUCAUGACACAUUGCUUUUACCAUUUUCCAUAAUUUGGUAUCCUUGCUCAAUGACAGAAGAAGAUUCUGAUCCCAAAUGGUUGGGACUUUACUGCUUGUCGGUGUUGUAGUGGUGCUGGUGGUAUUACUGCUGUGAAGUUAAGAGAAAUUUGUUCCAGGUCAGUCACUUCGGCACAGACAGCUUUUGUAAUGAUUACAAGGUGAAUAUCCAUCAUUCUUUGGCAGGUCAAAGAGAUAACUAGUAUGAUACAAAGUAGGAUAAAUUGUAGAGGAAAUCUUGCUGAGACCCAGAUUGAACAGUUGUUAGUUGGCAAUACAUUGACAGUAACUGGAGUUUGCAUAGAAGAAUGUUUAAUUUCAUGAUGGUAUCUUCACCUCAUCCAGAAAAUACACUUAGUGAAGCAAUUGGUGUUAGCUUUUCAAAUUGGAAUAUGAAGACUAAGUUGUUCAUUAUCACCUUAGACAACAACUGCUCAACACAUGACGUCUAUAGUGCUAAUCUUAGAGAUCUUUCCAACAAGAACAUUCUUAUGAUGAAAGGAAGGAAAAUUUGCUGAGAUAGCCUUACAAAUUGAGAUCUGAUGACUAUAAUGAAGCUCUAUCAGCUCAUGACUGGGUCACUGGAAGAUACUGGAGAUCGUUUCUCCACACCUAAAACUUUUGUAUGACUCUGUGAGUAGUAUCCUCACAACAAUAGAGGAAACUGCAAAUAUAUAGUUUUCAAGAAGCACGAGAAAUCCAGCUAGAGCUAAUUAACACAACAUUGAAUCAGGAACACCAUGGUGAGCACCAUACCUAAGGAGAUGCAUGAAAAGUAUGACAAAUAUCAGAAACAUUAAAAGCCUUGUUUUAGCAUUUUCAGUGGUUAUGGACCUUGAGUCACAAUGAAGCUUGUUGCAUGGGUGAAGAUUCUGCCAGAUAUGUUAAGGUGGUUAAUGAUAUUUAUGAAGUAUAUCUUAAGUAUGUUACCAAGCCACUUCCAAGUUACACCAGCUUAUGUAGAACUAAAGGAGCCCAAGCAGUUGAAUGGCAAUGACAACAACCAAUCCUCAACACCAUAUCCCACAGGCAAUGGGCUUCUUGUCUUCAAUAUCUAUCUCUCCAGGAUAGAAUUGAUGAAUCAGCCAACAGAGUCUGAGUCUCUUGUCCUGUGGAUCUUAGGGUUUGAUCCAAACUGUUGGAAGCUCAACAACCUCUAAGUAUCCUAUUUUAUCCAAGAUGACUAUAUUUUUUGGCUCAGGGACUGGAAGCAGAGUCCUUAAUGAGUAUCAAUCCAGACAGAGUGGAGGCUCUUUUUUUGUGCAGAAGACUAGCUCCAGUAUUCAUCCAUCAUGGCAGAGCCACCCUCAACCGCAACAGUGAAAGUGCAAUUCUAGCCUGUCCAAAACUACGUGUCAUCGCAGCAUUGCAGACAGCAAAUAUGAUUAGAUGAGUGCCUGUUACAUAAAUGAACUACUCCAUGGAGAUUGUGUGACAUGGUUUUAAGUGGUCUACGAGUUAGUCUCCACUAUGAGAUUGUUAUGCAGUUAAUUUUACUACCUCAACGAAACAAGAUGUGAUGGGAUUAAACUACUCAAGGUGCUAUAGUCAAGUCAUCGAAGACAGUAUAUGCCUGCAACUAAUCAAAGAUCAAAGAUCUUUGAUUAUCCAGAUCUUGUUUAUCCAGCUGAUCAAAGAUCUUAACGGCACCCAGAAAAAAUCGUUUUCGACCUCCCUGUUAUCUCGGCAUCCAUCUUCAUCCUCUGUUGUCCACCAACACCAUCACAAGGCCUCUUGCAUGUUGGAUGGCUAAUGGCCUGGUUGAAGACAAACUUAUCGAACAUCCGACUUUGUCUAUAGAUGCUCCAAUCGUCCAGGUGAAGCGCGGGUGAGCGGAUGCUCGGUCGGCCCGAGGAGGAGAGGGAUGAAGAUACUGUGCGACGUGUGCGAGGGGGCGGUGGCGGCGGUGCUGUGCUGCGCCGACGAGGCCGCGCUCUGCUGGGGCUGCGACGAGAAGGUACACGCCGCCAACAAGCUCGCCGGGAAGCACCAGCGGGUCCCUCUCCUCCCCACCAAUUCCAACUCUCGUUCUUCUUCUUCUUCACAAACCCCCACCUGUGAUAUAUGUCAGGAAAAAGUUAGGUAUUUCUUCUGCUUAGAGGACCGUGCUCUGCUCUGUCGGCAGUGCGACGUAGCCGUCCACACCGCCACUCCGUACCUAUCUUCCCAUAGGCGCUUCCUGAUCACCGGCGUGAGAGUUCCACUCCAACACAACUAUCUAACCAAGGAUGGUAACAACAACAACCACCCUCUUGAAUCUCGUGAUGGCCGAUUCAAUUAUCAAUAAGAAGCUUCAAGCAACCACAUCAGGGUAUGCUUCAAGGAUCCACAAUGGCUUUGGCAUGAACUUGUUGAUGGUUUCGAGUUUGAUCAGCAUUGCGGGCUGUCGGAACCAGGUUCCUCGAGCUAAAGCAGGUUGCCAGAAAAUUUUAUACCUUGGUUAUAAAAUCAGAAAAGAAAAUGUAGUACAUGAACUUAUUUCACUAUUUUGAUUCUUCUUUUGACUUAUUUUUCUUGGUAAAUCCCCAAAGAUGGGGUCUUUAGCUUUGUAUCUGAACUGGUAGCUCUGUUCAUUGAUAUUUUUUCUUCAUGUCACUGUUUGUAGGCCACAUGGCAAAUUAGUAAACCAAAAUCAUGCAGUUAGAAG